AUGAUGAAGCACAAGCAUCCAUCUACAUCCGAUGGAUCAGUUAAGCUUGCUGAUAUUGUGGAAAACGUCAUCCACAGAAUCAAAGACACUAUGAAAAUCACCGUGUCGCUGAAGAGAAUGAAGAAGAAGACAUCGGUGGAGUUUCUCACGAAGGAAAUGGUCACACUUGAGAGUCUCUGCAAGUUCUAUCUUGAAGAGGGAAAGCUUGAUAUUCCGAGCACUGAGGAAACUGAAAGUAUCGUCAAGAAAAUCUCGUUCGCUCUCGAAUAUGUGGAGGCACAUGAACUGUUGGGGGAAAUCAAAGACGAUUUCAAUGAAUUGAAGAAGUUGGAGUUUGCGAUAAUCAGAGAAAUGCUCCAACAGAUUCCAAAGGAAGAAAUUAUCAACACUGAGCUCAGAGCUUUAAAAGCACGCAUGGAAAUAGCCGAUCAAAAAAGCUGCGAUUCUGUCUCCAGCUUCCAUCUCACUUUAAGAACCAUCAAACGUCAAGCUAACAACACUCUUGCCUUCGCCAACGUUUGCCAAAAUGCUAUGGCGCUUCCUGAUUACGAAGCCAGUGAGGAGAUACUCGAAACUUGCGCUAAUCGCAAAGAAAUGGCACAAAAAGCUAUAAAAGUUGCCGACAAUGCGCAAGAACAGGUCAAGAAGAUUUGGGGAAAUUUUAAGACACGUGUCAGGAUUGAUGAUUUCAAAACAAAAGAGUUUGAGAACAAACUACCUGGUGAGAUGAUGAAAAACGUUGAGAAGGUGAAGAAAGACGUGUCGAAAUUCAAUCUGAAAAUUCAGACCAAAGACCCGAAAGGAUUGGUUUAUCUUGGAGCCUUCCGUAUGUACGUCGCUGAUGUCAAACUUCUCAUCUCUUACUACGCCGAGGCUGCUAAGAAACACAAACAGGGACUCGGUGAACUACUUGAUGCUUACUACGACUUCAACGCCGUCAGAAAAACAAACGAGCUUGGAAGAAGAAAAGCAACCGCGACUUUAGAGAAGCUUCAAAAAACAAAUUCGAAGAUGGAAGAGCUCGGAAUCGUGGUCCACGAGACAAAGCAAACAGUUCAGGAGAACUGCAUCAAUGCUGGAGGAACCGAGCACGAGCGCGUCUUGAUUUUCUGA